AUGGCUCAGGGGAAGCAGAAGUUCCAGGCCCAGAAGCCGGGCGGGGGGAAGAAGGCGGCGGUGGCCCAGGGGGUCCGGGGACCCCGGAAGGGAGGCCGGAUAAUUGCUCCCAAGAAAGCUCGGGUGAUCCAGCAGCAGAAACUGAAAAAGACCUUGGAAGUCGGCAUCCGGAAGAAGAUUGAACACGAGGUGAUGAUGAAAGCCAGCACCAGCAUGGCCAAGAAGCUGACCGUGGUCAAAGCACCAGAGAAGGGAGCCAAGAAGAAGGGCCAGUCCAGCACGUCUCCCCUGUAACCUGAGCUGCUCAGCUUGGAGCCCUGUGUCGGGACGGGGGCCGCUGUGUGUCCCUGAACACAAGCGCUUUUGUAGCUGCCUCCUUGGACUCGUUCUUCCUCCUCUGUCUCCCACGGUUCAUAUUCCCCCAUGGCCUGUUCCAUGCCUUGUAGCUGGGGCUGGGGGGUGGCUUAAGCCUACGUGGUUAACCUGCCUCGUGCCAGAAAGGGCACAAGCGAAGCCCGUCUUGUCACCUGGGAGGAUGCUGAGGCUGACGGGGCAGGGCAACUCGGUGGUUCUCAGCCAGGCCCCAGGCGAGGGAUUCUCUGUCCCUUCCCUACGGCAGGAAAGUGACUGAGGCCUGUGCUCCCUCUGCUGUCUGUAGGUCUCCCACUGCAGAGUCGGGAAGGGUGUUGCCUCGGGCAGGAGCUGGUGCAGCCACGGAAGAGUUAGCGAGAACAGUCUCAAGGCUUUUGUUGGCUGGUGAAUUGCUGGCUGUGGGCCCUCUCCUCCCAAGCCCGGGAGCCCCGGUGGACUUUGUGGCAGCACCUAGGAAAACCUGCCUAUGUGAAUUACGCAACUGGGGCUAAACUCGUUUGCUGUGAGUGGAAGGGGAGCAGCUUGGGCCUGUUGAGAUGAGCUGCUGAAUCUCAUGUUCUCUUACCAGCUCCCUUGACUGACUCCAGCCAUGCAGAUUGGUCUCUGAAAACGCCUGGGGGAAGGGACGAGCUGCUGGGGUGUCUUCCUGCCCUGACUGUCCUCCGGUGCUUUAAUAAAAUGUACUGGGGGGAA